CUCCCCCCUGCCAAGAGCAGCGAUCAUGGACGUGCCUUCUUCCACUACUGUGGGCGACGCCUGCUUCUCCCCAACCACUGGGGGUGACGGCAAACGCAAACGAAAUCGCAAGGCCAAGAAGUUUGCUGACUACGUCGCUUGGGAGGAGGAGGCGACCACCGAAAGGGAAGAGCCGACGGAUGAUGGACAACACCACAACAAACGCAAUCGCAAGGGCAAGUCAACAGCAACGCAACAAACGCCGAACCAAAGCAGCCCCUUUGCUGCCACUCCUGUCGCUAGUCCAUCACCUUCUGACACUGCUCCUGCUACUGAUAGUCACGAUACCAUUGUGUCGGUCAAGAAGGUGGCAGGCGUCCAGAACGCCACCCGCAAGGCCCUUGAAUGGUUGCAGUACGGAGAUAUGUCCCUCGUGGAGCUGGGCCAGAGCCUACCGAAGCUUUCCAAAGCUCGCGUGGAGGUUGUCAUGGAGGCUCUUCGAGCUGCUGGGCUCGUAACGCUGGUCAGGAAGCACGCGCCCAACGCAAUGGGAGAGGAUCACGUAACCGAGGUGUAUCGUUUCUCCGCCGGCCGAUCUCCAGCAACGGCGCUCGAGAUCGGAGGGGGGAGGCCUGUCUCUCUUGGGUCCAUCUCGAAGCGCAUUAAGACCUCGCAGGCGGAACUAACAGGGCUCAAUGAACGAAUCAACGUGCUGAAGGCGGAAGCCGCCAAGGCGGAUCCAGAGCCGCAGCAAGUCCUGGAAAUCCUGCAGCACUUGAUGAAGCAGGACAAGAGCCUGGAGGAAGACCCCUUCUACAGCGUUGCGUACAAGGCGACUUGCACGGCCGCCACGAAGGCAGCCAAGGCCGCCGCGGCGGCCGCUAGAGCCACAGCAGCAGCCCAGGCGAGGAAAAAGGCGGCGGAAAAUGCGGUGGCGGUGGCGGCAUCAGCUGCAGCAGCCGAGGCGACAAGACAAGCUCAGGAAGCGGCGAGAAGAGGGAAAGAGCAAGAGUCUUCAGCGGCGGUGCUGCAGCCGAGGACAGACAUGGUGGAGGGGCAAGAAGAGGCGAAGGCUGUCCACGCUAGAGAAGCCGCCGCUGCUGCGGCUACCGUUGCUGCGGCUACUGCUGCUGCGGCUACUGCUGCUGCGGCUACUGCUGCUUCGGCUGCCGCUGCUACCGCUGCUGUUGCUUUACAUACUACAGCCUCCCUCACGUCCGGUUCCGGCGCAACCUCCGGUACCGGUGCUGUCAGCGCGUUACCAACGUCCACCCUUUCGCCCGCUGCACCUGCGCCUUCUCCUCCUCCGGCCUUGGCGACGGCCAUUGCAGAGCCGCCCAAUCCGUUCGUGGGCGAGCUUGGGGGCUUGGUGGUGUCGAGUACUAAUGUAGCACCGUGUUCGAUUCCACCGGCGCCACCUGCACCACCUGGCGGACCGCCAUAGUCGUAUUACUCCGGAGUAUUUCAGUGGUAGCGCGCAGGUGGCACCAGAUGGUGGCCUCAUCGCCAGAGCAUGAGGAAAACAAGCAGCACACCUUGUAUCUUCGCUGCACGCUCAUGGGUUUGGUAACCGUGCUGGUACUUCAAGGAGGAAUUUCGAAGCUGGAUCGCCGAAACAAACGUUCAUUGUAGCUCCAAGUUUUUUGUCGAAAUUUGACCUUGUGGUGUGUAUAUACCUGGCAGAUGGGUGUAUCGAAAACCUAUCACAGAGGGUCCGGCUUGGGUGGGACUUGCACCGUGUGUGAUGACGGGCGCGGCGAUCGGGGUUGGAAGUCCUUGCGUGGGUACGGCAUUCAAAUCCCGAAAGGAUGUCGCAAGUUAAUACGAAUGCCCACCAUUCCAAGGUUGUGGAGCUGCGGCGUAUAUGACUUUCCCCCAAACUUGGUUUCUACCAUGCCUUUCAAGGGAUAACAGAUAUAUUCCGGUGAAGCUCGCAUCCAUCUCCUCAAUGGUGUAGUACAGUCGGGCAGUGCUAUUCCGUGAAAGGGGCCCUUGCAUGUU